AUGUACAAUCUUGUGCUCCCCACACGUUCCGGGCUUACGGUCGGAAGCGCCGAGUUCGAAAAUGUUAUUAAAUGUUUUGAAAUUGAAAAUGAAGUUGUCUUUGCAAGAAGGAAUGGGGAAGCGAAAGACAGUACGACGAAACACAACGGGUUUUCAUCUGGUUUAAAACAACGGAGUGAAACUACAGGCGAUGAUCUUGAUUCCUCCUUUAAAGACCUAUCAUUGCAGAGCAACAAAAAUUACAAAAUGUCAACGGGAACAAGCAAAGAAAAAAUGACCAAGCCAGCCCAAGCGAGCCGUAGAGUAGUGCGUUCAUAUUCUACACCAAGUUAUAUAUCCAGCGAAAAAUUCAAAGGACUUCGGUCGAAGAAAAGAGAGUCGAAAUUAAGGAGAAGUUCUGCAAAUGAAAUGUUCUCCGAAAGGCGUCCGCCAAGGAGUGAAAAUAGGGAAGCGAUUCCCAACCAUCGGGAUGAAAAAUCCAGAGAGACUGACCACGGGUUGGGGUAUGACAAGCGAGCAACACGAAUUCGAAGAGCAAGCCUGCCCGCCUAUGUCAGUAGCCAUCGAAGGCCGGCUAUAUCUCCACAGAGCCCGACAGAGAAAAUGAAAAAUAAAGGUUUUCUUGCUAAUGCGGAUGUGAAUAAGAAGAAAUUACUUCAG